AUGAGCAAGAAGCUUCAGAACUCUAAAACAACUAAGUCAGGAGAGAUGAUCCAUCUUGAAGAUAACCAGAUGAUCCAUGGAUGUCCUGAAGCUUCAACUGAAGUAACUUUGACUCAGAAAAAAUGCAAAGUUUGGCCAUUUUUAAAGAAAAAUGCUUUUGUGUCUCUCACAAUGAUUGCUGUUGCAGCAGGAAUCGGCCUGGGCUUUGCUCUGCGACAGGUUAAUAUGUCAGCCAGUGCAAUAAUGUAUGUAACUUUUCCUGGAGAGCUGCUGAUGAGAAUCUUACAGAUGAUGAUGCUUCCUCUCGUUGUUUGCAGCCUGAUUGCAGGCGCGUCAAACGUAGACAUAAAGGCUUCUGGGAGAAUUGGACUUCGAGCCACCUGCUACUACAUGGUCACUACAGUUAUUGCUGGAUUCACUGGCAUAGCUCUGGCUCUUUCCAUCAAACCAGGGAAAUCUGGGAAAACCUCAUAUCCCUCUGAUGGAAAAGCUGAGGUUGUGCAGAAUGUGGACACUUUCCUCGACCUGAUCAGAAAUAUGUUCCCAUCAAACCUGGUUGAAGCUUGUUUCAGAAAAUAUAAAACAGUUUAUGAGUCUUCAGCGAAUCAUCUGGAUGUCAUGAAUGCAUCUUCAAAGAUACCAAAGGCAGGAACCUCAGAUGGCAUCAAUAUUUUGGGUCUGUUGGUCUUCUCCUUUGCCUUCGGCCUCAUCCUGAGCCAUAUGGAGUCAAAAGGAAAACCCCUCAAGGAUUUUUUUAUCUGUCUGAAUGAAGCCAUUAUGCUUCUGGUGAAUAUGGUCAUCUGGUAUUCUCCAGUGGGAAUCCUCUGCCUACUGGCAGGGCAGGUAGUGAAGAUGACAGACACAGCAGAUGUAGCUCACGAAGUUGCCAUGUAUGCCAUGACUGUGAUCGUCGGCCUGGUGAUCCACAGCGUCGUCACGCUGCCACUCAUCUAUUUCAUAGUGACACGAAAUAAUCCGUUGAGAUUUUUUGGAGGAGUCCUUGAGGCUCUCACCACAGCAUUUGGCACCUCAUCAAGUUCUGCAACUUUGCCUGUUACUCUUCACUGCAUGGAGCGGAACCACAACAUGGACAAACGCGUGACCCGCUUCAUGCUCCCGAUGGGUGCCACCGUGAACAUGGAUGGUGCCGCUCUCUAUGAAGCGGUGUCUGUUUUAUUCAUAUCUCAGAUUCACAACAUGGACUUUAACUUUGGGCAAAUCAUUGCCCUCAGUUUGAUUGUUACAGCAGCCAGCACUGGUGCAGCAGGCAUCCCACAGGCUGGGAUGGUUAACAUGCUGAUUAUAUUGGAGUUAACUGGACUGCCCACUGAAAACAUUUCUCUGCUCAUAAUUGUUGAUUGGAUCCUGGAUCGUCUGAGGACCGUCACCAAUGUGCUGGGUGACUGUAUCGGUGUUGGUGUCGUUCAGCAUCUGUCCAAACCUGAGCUGUGGGAUUCCAGUCCUGCAAGAAAAAUGAUGGUGGAAGACGAAACGCAAUCUCUCUGA